AUUUUCUCUUUUUUAUUGUUUUUUUUUUCUUAACUUAUUCUUUUAUUCAUCAGAAAUCAAAAUGCUUUCUGCUCGCUCUCCUCUUUCCGUCAGGGAUGAAAACACACUCAGCAGUCAGAUCAACAACAUGUCGCUGGACAAAGAAAACACGCCUCCGAGUCUGAACACCACCCGGAUCCUGGCGUCUAAAACCGCGCGUAAAAUCUUCGACGAUGCUGCGCCCAAAGCUGUGAGGAAGAGCAGCAGCAGUGAGGAGGAGCCGCUGCUGAAGGAAAACCCUCGUCGCUUCGUCAUCUUCCCCAUCCAGUACCACGACAUCUGGCAGAUGUACAAGAAGGCCGAGGCGUCUUUCUGGACCGCAGAGGAGGUGGACCUGUCCAAGGACCUGCAGCACUGGGAGGCUCUGAAGGACGAGGAGAGGUACUUCAUCUCUCACGUGUUGGCGUUCUUCGCCGCCAGCGACGGCAUCGUCAACGAGAACCUGGUGGAGCGCUUCACACAGGAAGUGCAGGUGACAGAGGCCAGGUGUUUCUACGGUUUCCAGAUCGCCAUGGAGAACAUCCACUCCGAGAUGUACAGCCUUCUCAUCGACACCUACAUCAAGGAGCCCAGUGAGAGGGAAUAUCUGUUCAACGCCAUCGAGACUCUGCCGUGUGUGAAGAAGAAGGCCGACUGGGCUCUCAACUGGAUCGGCAACAAGAGCGCCACCUACGGAGAGCGCGUGGUGGCCUUCGCUGCCGUGGAGGGGAUCUUCUUCUCUGGUUCCUUCGCUGCCAUCUUCUGGCUGAAGAAGAGAGGCCUGAUGCCCGGCCUGACCUUCUCCAACGAGCUCAUCAGCAGAGACGAGGGUCUGCACUGUGACUUUGCCUGUCUGAUGUUCAAACACCUGGUGAACAAACCGUCCAAAGAAACCGUCACCAAGAUCAUCAAGAACGCCGUGGCCAUCGAACAGGAGUUUCUGACGGAGGCUCUGCCCGUGAAGCUGAUCGGGAUGAACUGUGAGCUGAUGAAGCAGUACAUCGAGUUUGUAGCUGACAGACUGAUGCUGGAGCUCGGCUUCUCAAAGAUCUACCGGGUGGAGAACCCCUUCGACUUCAUGGAGAACAUUUCUCUGGAGGGAAAGACCAACUUCUUUGAGAAGCGCGUGGGCGAGUACCAGAGGAUGGGCGUCAUGUCCGGCCCCACAGACAACACCUUCAGGCUGGACGCCGACUUCUGAGGACAGGUGGACCCAUCCACGCUCAGCCGCACAUUUCAGCCUCGGGAACCAACCGGUGCAGGAGGACGGUGGGUUUACCCUCAAAUUCAACUUCAGCCUGUCUCCCAGUGCAUGCUGGGACUGGCUCCGCCCCCUGCAGCCUUCAGUCUAGAAGGUAAAUGGAUUUUCACUACUCUUCUGCACCACAGCACAAAUGAUGGACUAAAGCUUCAUCUCAUCAGCACUGCAGCCUGUUUCUGUAAAUAAACUUUAAACAUUUUGUAAUAAAAUGAAAAAUUGAUUUAUAUGUUCAUACUUUUAGAUCAGCUUUGUGUCUGAGCUUAAUGUUGUUAAAUAUGUACAGUUUGAGUUUUUAAACUUGUGGUUUGUAAUUAAAGUUCUAUAAACUGAAA